AUGGCCGAGCACACACCCGCCCCUACACCUUCCCGUGCUAUUUAUGGAUUUUGUUUGUUCCUGCUGUUCAAAACGUUGUUUAUUUUGUACGUACUCUGGGCAUUUAUCCCCACUUCGACCCUGGAUGGCUUGGGAUUGACAUACCUUCCGGAUAAGUACUUUGCCCUGUUCAUACCGAUCCAGGUGCUGGUGGGGGUGACGUUUUUUGCCUUCUUGGUCUACCCGUCUCUGUCCCUUGCCAUGGUACCGGAUGUGGAUUCGGUCAGCACCAUCACAGACCGCUACAGCAUCGUCCGCUGCCAGUACCAGUAUCCGGAUCGGCAACGAUGCAACCAGAAAAUCGACGGCGUUUAUCGGGACAGCUGGGCCGUGAAGCCGUACUGCUCGAAGCAUUCGAUCCGGGUGACGACGGCUAGCGACUUACGGAGUAGCGUUAGGAUCUCGAACUACUGCGACUGCCCGGAGGAGGAGCGCUGCUUGCUGCGGAAGGAUCCGGGCCACUUGGCUCGGCUGCGUGCCAAGCAGAUGGUACCGGCGGUGGCCGAUUUGAAUCUAGGGGAGGUAAGUCGGGUGCUGUACCGAAAGCGAAGACGAUGAACGGAUCAAACGAUAUUGAUACAAUUUAUGGAAAACAAAUCCCUGAUUUUUUGUAACAGUUUCAAUCUAAAUAAAAUAAAAAUAUUCAUAAACUGGUACCAAUCUAAUUCAAAA